AUGGGAGCAGCCUGGUUGCAUGGUGUCUGCAACGAGAAUCCAUUGGCAUCUUGGAUUGGAAGACUUGGUCUACCAAUUUAUCGAACUUCUGGUGACAAUUCUGUCUUGUAUGAUCAUGACUUGGAGAGCUACGCACUCUUUGAUGGUGAUGGACAUCAAGUGCCUCAAGAUCUAGUGGAAAAAGUUGGUCAGGUGUUUGAAACCAUUCUGGAAGAGGCUAACAAACUCAGGUAUGAAACAAAUGAAGACAUGUCUAUAGCACAGGCUAUUAAGCUAGUCAUGGAGAGGCAUUCAAUAUGAUGCAUUAUUAAUGAAUUAAGUCUACUUUAUGAGAUUU